AUGGACAGUGGUCAGGAAAGGGUUCCUGGCUUCAACAGCUAUGUCAAUGGUGCUAUCACUUACUGUGCUGGGGGAGACGAGCUGGAACAGUUUGGGGAAGAGGACAACAAGGGUGGAAGAAGGGAGCUCUUCGGGACAACUGCUGUAAUAAUCCAGGCAAGAGAUGAUGGGCACUCAAACUGGAAUGGUAGCAAUGAAGAGGGCAAGAAGCGAUCAGAGCGUGGAUACAUUUUAAAGGUUGAGUCAACAGACUUUCCUGACAAAUUGGAUGUGAAACGUGAAAGAGAAGAGUCAAGGAUAAUGUCGAAGUCUUGGCUGAACAACUGGAAGGAUGAAGUUACCAUCAACCAAGAUGAAAAGGCCGUGAUGAAAAGACAAUUGGAUAUAGAAGUCCAGAGAGGAGCGAGAGCCCCCUCCCCGGCCGCCACGCGCAGGAGUUUCGAGGGGAGCCCGGGGAGAGAGGCGGUGUCACGUGGAGAGGCCGCACGCGGACAGGCGCCUGGGGUUCGAAGCCCCCCGGGAAGGCGCCGUGAAGGGGCGUUCACUAAAGCCUCGCGAAGAGGGGAAGCGCUCCCGCCCGCGCCGGCACAGGUGUCCGGGUGGCGUCGCCGGGGGCGCAGCCCUCAGACCCACGAGAGGGAGGGCGGGGGCGCCGUCUGUGCGCGGAAGCCGGGGCCCGAGGGGAGGCUCCCGCGAGGUGCUUCUCGGGCUCCUCCUCGGCGCCUCAGGUUUCCUCUCUCCGCCCGCCGGCUGCUGGUGGCGGCACCGCCUCCCUCCGUCCCUCCCCGCGUCUGGGCCCACUCUGCGGCCUCUGCCCGCCUCGCCCCCCCCGGACCUCCUCCCGCUUUCUCUCUCGGCUUCCCCUCGAGCCUCCGAGGAGCCCGCAGCCGCGGGGCGCCCGGGAAGAUGGCGGCGGCGGGAGACGGCGGCGGCGAGGGGGGCGCGGGCCUGGGCGGCGCCGCGGGGCCGGGGCCGCGCGGUUCGGGUCCCUCAGCCGGAGCGCACGAGGGCGCCGCGGACCCCACGCCCGCCGCGCUGCACCCCGAGGAGGUUGCCGCGCGCCUGCAGCGGAUGCGGCGGGAGCUGAACAACCGCAGGAAAAUCCUGGUGAAAAACCUGCCUCAGGACAGCAACUGCCAGGAAGUUCAUGAUUUGUUAAAAGACUACGAGUUAAAGUACUGUUACGUGGACAGAAAUAAACGAACAGCUUUUGUUACCUUAUUGAAUGGUGAACAAGCCCAGAAUGCAAUUCAGAUGUUUCAUCAAUAUUCUUUUCGAGGAAAAGACUUAAUAGUUCAGCUCCAGCCAACAGAUGCUUUGCUGUGUAUUACCAACCUGCCCAUUUCUUUCACAUUAGAAGAGUUUGAAGAACUUGUUCGUGCUUAUGGAAAUAUUGAGAGAUGUUUUUUGGUCUACAGUGAAGUUACUGGCCAUUCCAAAGGUUAUGGAUUUGUGGAAUACAUGAAAAAGGACUUUGCUGCGAAGGCUAGAUUGGAGCUAUUGGGUAAACAGUUGGGAGCAUCAGCACUCUUUGCACAAUGGAUGGAUGUUAAUCUAUUGGCCUCAGAACUCAUUCAUUCUAAGUGCCUUUGUAUAGAUAAACUCCCUAGUGACUACAGGGAUUCAGAAGAACUAUUGCAAUUUUUUUCCAGUGUACAUAGACCCGUGUUUUGCCAGCUUGCACAGGAUGAAGGUAGUUACAUUGGUGGCUUUGCAGUGGUUGAAUAUUCCACUGCAGAGCUUGCUGAAGAGGUUCAGCAAGCAACAAAUGGUAUGACCAUCAAGGGAAACAAAGUCCAGGUUUCCUUCUGUGCUCCAGGAGCGCCAGGGCGAAGUACAUUAGCAGCAUUGAUAGCGGCUCAGCGUGUGAUGCACAGUAAUCAAAAGGGCUUACUUCCAGAGCCAAAUCCAAUACAAAUUAUGAAAAGUUUAAACAAUCCUGCCAUGUUACAAGUUCUUCUACAACCCCAGCUAUGUGGGCGAGCUGUUAAACCAGCAGUUCUUGGAACCCCUCACAGCUUGCCACAUCUGAUGAAUCCAUCCAUUUCCCCUGCAUUUUUACAGUUGAAUAAAGCACAUCAGAAUCUUUCUCAUGUACCGCUGGCACAGCAACAGUUAAUGAAGUUUGAGAACAUUCAUACUAAUAAUAAACCUGGCUUACUUGGAGAACCCCCAGCCAUGAUACUUCAAACUGCACUAGGGAUAGGGUCGGCGCUUCCAUUGAAAAUGGACUUGGGGCAUCCUGGAGAAGCACAUAAAACAUCUAAUCUGAUUCCAACUCAAACAACUGUAACAGCUAGAAUGGGCAUGUUACCAUUCUUUCCAAAUCAGCACAUUGCUGGACAAGCCGGGCCAGGGCAUAGUAAUACUCAGGAGAAACAGCCAGCCACGGUGGGAAUGGCAGAAGGAAAUUUCUCAGGGUCACAGCCUCACCUUCAGAGCUUUCCAAACCUUACUGCUGGGGGAUUGCUGACAGGACACCCUAAGCAGCAGCAAAGCCAGCCAAAAGGCACAGAGACAAGUUCAGGGGCUGCCUCUAAGAAUCAGACUUCACUCUUGGGAGAACCACCAAAAGAAAUUCGGCUCAGUAAAAAUCCAUACUUGAAUUUGGCAAGUGUGUUGCCCAGUGUGUGCUUAUCAUCCUCUGCAAGUAAAACCACUCUACAUAAGACUGGAAUUGCAAGCACCAGGCUGGAUGCAGUCUCUCAGGGAAAUGAAGCACAACACACAUCAGAAAAGUGCACUGCUUAUCCUUCAUCUUUUGGUGAUUAUGCACAGGUGUCAACUUUAAGAAAUGAAAAGCGAGGCUCAUCGUAUCUCAUCUCUGCCCCAGAAGGUGGUUCAAUGGAAUUUGUUGACCAGCAUUCUCAGGGCACAGGAGCAUAUUAUGUGGAAACCUACUUAAAAAAGAAGCGUGUGUACUGA